AAGCAUUUGUCAGUCUCACUCGUAGGAUGUAAACAAAACACACUGGGAGGGCUCGCUCUAGGCGGUCCGGAAAUUGAAAUACUUGUUUAAAUGUGGACUGUGAAUACUGAAGCCACAUAUUCUGGUGCACAGGGCAAGGGGACACUAGAUUCAUAGUUCCAGCCAGCAGCAAAGUGAUUCCAGCAGGCGAAGCAGCAGAGGGCGCCGUGCCGUGAUGGGAGGGGAGCAGCUCGCUACCAGGCACGUCAUCUGCAUGGUGUCUGAUUUCUUUUACCCAAAUGUGGGGGGCGUGGAGGAGCACAUCUUCCAGCUGUCCCAGUGUCUGCUGGCACGUGGCCACAAGGUGAUUGUGCUCACUCAUGUGUAUGGUGACAGGAAAGGCAUUCGCUACAUGACCAAUGGACUGAAGGUGUACUAUCUUCCACUCCAGACGUUUUACAACCAGUCUGUUCUUCCAACCUUCAUCACCUCAAUUCCACUUCUGCGCAAUGUUUUCCUGAGAGAAAGAGUGACCAUUGUGCAUGGCCACUCUGCAUUUUCCACAAUGGCCCACGAGGCCAUGAACUUGGCCAGAGCAAUGGGACUCAAGAGUGUAUUCACAGACCACUCUCUGUUUGGGUUUGCCGACAUGUCAGCCAUUGUAACCAACAAUUUUCUGGCACUUUCUUUGGCUGAUGUCAACCACUGCAUCUGUGUUUCCUAUGUAGGGAAGGAAAAUACAGUUCUGCGAGCCAAUGUAGAACAAGAGAAGGUGUCUGUCAUUCCCAACGCACUGGAUUCUCAGGUGUUCCGGCCAGAUGUGACCAAGAGACCAAAGGAUAAAAUCAAUAUCAUUGUGAUGAGCCGCCUUCAGUAUCGCAAAGGUGUUGACCUCCAGCCCGACAUUAUUAGGUACAUCUGCCAACGUCAUCCUCACGUGAACUUCAUAAUAGGAGGUGAUGGACCAAAGCGCAGCCUGCUGGAGGAGGUACGGGACGAGGUGGGGGAUGAGCGGCUGUCACUGUUGGGUGCCGUGCCUCAUGGCCAGGUCCACAGUGUGCUGGUGAAGGGACACAUCUUCCUCAACACUUCCCUCACUGAAGCCUUCUGCAUCGCUAUUUGUGAAGCUGUUUGUUCAGGGCUGCAGGUGGUCAGCACUAAUGUGGGAGGCAUUCCUGAAGUGCUGCCAGCUCACCUUAUUCAUCUUGCUCAUCCCAACGUUGAGAGUCUGACAGAGAAGCUGGAGCUGGCCAUCAAACUGGAGGAGACGGGAGAGCGUGUGGGGCCGUGGGAGAUGUAUCAGGAGGUCAAGAACACCUACCUGUGGUCCGAUGUGAUGCAGCGGACUGAACUCGUCUACAGCAAAGUCGACCAGGAGGAAUCCAGUGCUGACUUGGUUCACCGCAUUCCAAGGUACAAGAAGUGUGGGCUGGUGGCAGGCUGGUUCAUGAUGUUCCUGGUAACACUGCAGUUUCUUCUUCUAAAAAUAUGUGAUAGACUGUGGCCUGUAGAGGAUAUUGAUGUGGUGCCAAAUUUUCCAAGGAUUGCUAGAGAGAAGUAUAAAUUGGAAGAAGAAGAAAUGUUGAGUAGUGAAAUCAGUGAACCAUUGUUGAAAAAAGAUGGAGGAAGCCAAAAAAUCAGAUCAUCACAACCAUUUAGAUUAAAGGUAUCCUGAUGAUUGGAUAAUAUGUAUACCCUUGAAUGUGCAAUACUGUUUACAUUUAUCCUCAGGGUGUGACAUAUCAGUUGGAGGUAACAGGUCCAUGGUGAAUCUGUUUGUUUAUGUACCAGACAGAUUCUUCUUAAAAAAAGAUUAACUCAGAAAAGCAGUGACAUUGUACCUUGUCUGUUCCUCUCAGUCCCUUUUUAUCAUGACACAAGGAAUACAUUUGCAGUAUUUUUCUAACCCAUUCACAGCAUGUGUAGCCAGGUCAUGUAUUCCUGUUAACCUUUACAAUUUGUAUGUUAAUUUCCUUAACCAAAGACUGGAAAAUAUGAUUGAUAAAUGGGAAGUAAUAAGGUUGAAUGAUUGUUGCUAGUUCCAAAGAUAUUCACAUUUUAAUUUAUAUAUAACUAUGAUCACAUUUGUUCUUUUAUUGUAUAUAUAUAUAUAUAUCACAAAAACAUUUGCUAGGAAAAAAAAGGAAUCAUGUCAGAACAGUCUUGCAGUUGGCAGUGGCCUCCUUCCCUGACAACAUCCAGAAUUUCGUACUGGAACAUCUCAAAGUCCAGGCGGUAGCGACGGUACACUCGGGCAAUGAGGUCUGGACUGAGGCUCUGGUAGUAGUGGUUGACGGUGCUGCCACUGCUGCUGCUCUGGCUUGACCGAUUGAUCCAUGGCACUGUCUCUUUUAACCUCAUGUGGUGCCAAAUGUACUGGAAGAAAAAGACAUUAAUUUACCCAUGUUCCACAUCACACCACCUCCAUAGUGCCAAUGUCAACACAGUAAGGUUUGCCUGGCAUAAUUUCCAACACUCAUGAUGUCAUAUAACUAGUGAACAUCAGGAUUGUCUACAUUAAGUAUGGCAUAUCCCAUACUGAGCUGUAGGUAUAUGAAAUCUGGUACCACUGCUAAAUUUGUCAAUUAUUGCAUAUUACCUGUCACUGUACUGUGGAUAAUGCUACUGUAUGUUGUGCAGUGGAUGUCAAUACUGUACUGCUAAUUCUGUAUCAGGUAGUGCUUCCUGUUGAUUCUAAAGGCAGUUAAGAAUGCUGCUGCCAAUAACAUGUUUGUUGGAAAAUUUGCUACCAUGAAAUGGAUCUCAUUCAUUAUUGCAUAUAUUACCACCAUCCUCAUCCUCAUCUUCAUCAUCAUUGUCAAUUAUCAUUAUUCCUAAAGACCAUUAUAUACAUGUGUGUGUUGGUCUUGUUCACCAAAUGAUGGCUCCUCAAGUUGCAAUUUCUGCCAGCUUCACCUCUACAUUUUGACUUCCUUGGGUUAUGGAAAAGACUCCCACUAGUUAGAAUGCAAGUGGCAAUCUUGAUGCAGUAGAGGGAGGUCAUUGUAACCUGAAAUGGAGCUACUUUCCCUCUGCUUCCAUCCUCCAAAAUAGUAUUUGGAAAUUUAGUUAUAGAGAUAUGAUGAAUACAUGAUUUUAAUACUUUAAUAGACAAAAUUAUUACACAAAAUGUUUUAUUAAUGGAGUAAAGCUGAUAUAUUAUUAGAUUGAUGUAUCAGUUAGUUUCUUAGCAGCAAAAUACUGGAAUGGCUCACCAGAUCUUGUGCAACCCACUCCCUAACUGUGAAGGUUGUUCUGCUUGGGAGGGUUUGUUGGGGGGAAAUGAAUGUUAGACUUGUAAUGUUGGUACUUUGGUGAUGUUUAAGAAAGUUGUUUGACUGAU